AUGCCAGACGCAAUGAUUCCCUCGAUCCGUGCGCCAGACUCGGACUCUCCCUCGACUGUUCGGCCACGCAACCGCCGCCUUGUCAACACGAGAGGGGAUGGGGGCUCCUCGUCGGCCGUAUCGAGUCCGGGCCAGUCGCCGACGCGCACCGCCACGCCUAUUCCCGCCGCUCACAUAGGGUCUGUCACGGGGAGGAACAACCACGGCUCCGAGACCGCGCGGGCCUCCUCCCGGGGGAAGAGCCCGGCCGGCGCCGGUUCGCUACUUGGCGGGUCGUGGACCCCCACCUGGGCGUCGGUCCAAGGAUUCGCCUCGUCCCUGUUUGUUGGCGGCGAGACCGAGCUGCCGGCUAGCAGGAAUGCGAGCCAGACGAGGCAACCGACGAGACAACCCAGUCACAGAGACCUUGGAAAAUCCCCUGGCAGCUGGGGCCCCGAGCCCCCAACCGAGACGAGGCCACGGUUGGAGCAUGUGGCGGCCGGAUCACUGGCAAAGAGGGAUGCUGCUCUGAAGACGAUGCGGACAGCGAGUGUGCUUGAAAGCCACGAGGGAGUUAAUGGGGGGCUGGAUACUGCCGGGAACUUCAAGAAGCGGAACUCGGACGACAACAUGCGAUCGUCUUCCCAGAACGACGAGGAUGCCGCGGGCCACCUGGUUUACAUCCAUCAGGUUCAACCGGACGAUACAUACUAUGGAAUUGUGCUCAAAUACAGGUGUAGGGAAGAUGCUUUCCGGAGGGCCAAUGGGCUUUGGUCACGAGAUAACAUCCAGGUGCGCAAAUGGCUGGCGCUGCCGGUGGAUGCGUGUGAAGUGAAGGGGCGCCCUUGCAACGGGCCGUCUUCGUCUAGCCAGAUUGACUUGCUGGCCGAGACGCCUAAAGUACAAGACCUACUCGGGCAACAAGACACUCACGGCGUCUACGACAACUACUUCGCAGGGUCGGAGAACUGGCACUCAUCGGAGCAACCCAGAUCCGGCGACGACGAUCGGCCGUGGACGCACGUUAGAUGGGUGUCUAUCGAUUCGUACCCCAAACCCGUCGAGAUCGCGCGCAUGUCCCGGAAAGCUAUGGGGUAUUUUCCGCCUCGGCGGAAGAAGAGCCUCCACACCAUAUCGGCCCUAUCUACCCCCCGCGCCUCUGUCGACGCGCCAAGCAAUGUCCUCGGUUCCGAGCCAGCUGUCGACAGCCCCAGGAGUGUCUCAUCGCGCCGGCUGAGCUUUUUGAGCGGCCACCCGCAGCUUGCGGCAUCCUUGUCAAACUCGGGACGAAGCAGAGUCAACAGCGUUGAAGGAGAGGACGGUCGACCUGCGUGGAUGCGGCGGCCCGGCGGCGUCGGUUCUCUAGGGAGGACUGUCCGAGCACCCGGACCCGAGCGUGACUACUUUAACUCGUGGACGAACAAGCAUCUUCCGGGGCUCAACAUUGAUUCGUUGCCAUCAAUGUCAGUGAUGGGGUCCGAAAUCGCGCGGUUUGGGUUCGGCGGAGCUGGCGAUAACGCGGCGAUUGUCGAAAGUCCCUUCGAGGACGGCCGAAACGCUACGUCGGCCAGCCGGCAAGGCGGCACGAGCCUCGACAAAGCUGCCGCCGCCGUCGAAACGUGGCUUCGCGGGGCGUUUGCCAAGCGGUCCCCUGGCACACCUAUUUUGGGACCGCGGGCUCGGACAGCGCCCGACGAGGGCGAUCUCAUCGAGCUCACCGACACUAAUAGUGACGACGGACGGCCCAACCUUACUCCGACCGACUCGGGCGGCCUGCUAAACUCCUUUGCGCCGUCUUCUUCCUCGAGCAGGAGUGUCGGGGCAGGCGCUAGCGCGGUCAGGGGUCGUUCUCUAGGCGCCACAGCCUCGGCCAAAACAAGCAAAUCUGAUUAG